AUGCCUCGUAUUAAUAUCAAGGGAGGUGUUUGGCGCAACACUGAGGAUGAGAUUCUCAAAGCAGCUGUUAUGAAAUAUGGGAAAAAUCAAUGGGCUCGAAUUGCUUCUUUGCUGCACAGAAAAGCUGCAAAACAGUGUAAAGCCCGAUGGUAUGAAUGGUUGGACCCAAGCGUGAAAAAAACUGAAUGGAGUAGAGAGGAAGACGAAAAGUUGCUUCAUUUGGCGAAAUUGAUGCCAACUCAAUGGCGUACCAUCGCACCCAUCGUCGGACGUACCGCUAACCAAUGCUUAGAACGAUACGAAUAUCUGCUGGACAAAGCUCAAAACAGAGAAGGACUUUCGGCAGAAGAGGAUCCAAAGCGUUUGAGACCAGGAGAAAUUGACCCUAAUCCCGAGACCAAACCAGCCCGUCCUGAUCCCGUGGAUAUGGAUGAGGAUGAACUAGAGAUGCUUUCUGAAGCACGUGCUAGGUUAGCAAACACUCAGGGCAAAAAAGCCAAGCGUAAGGCUCGUGAACGUCAACUAGAGAUUGCCCGUCGAAUGGCCAUGAUGCAAAAGAGACGAGAGUUACGUGCAGCCGGUUUAGGGUCUUAUCUCGGGCUUAUGCCAAAAACGAAGCCAUGUAUGGACUAUAAUUUGGAAAUUCCCUUUGAAAAGCAGCCACCUAAAGGAUUUUACGAUACAAGUCAGGAAAAACCGGAUCCUAAAUUAAUGGAUUUUCAGCGAUUGAGGCUUUCGGAUGUGGAAAAAGAAAGCUUUAUGGAACGAGAAAAAGUGAGAUAUAUUUUCAAUCACCGUUUUUCUCAUAAUAAACUUUAUGUUGUCUGUAUGGUAUUCUGA